UUUAUAUGUUUUAUUUAGUUCAACUUUAGUCUUUGCGAACUGGAUCUGAAGUCACUGAUCUAGGAUUGCUGAGUUAGCGGGGGUAAGAUACAAAAUCAGAGAAGAGAAUUAAUAUGAACGAGUUCAAGCCUCGAUUCAUUAGGCUGGCCCCUGUAUGCUGUGUUUACAAUGAGAUAUGGAAGAAGACAAGCUUUAUCAGGGAAUCAACGAGUAUCGGAAGACCCUAAAGUUGACAACACUAACCAAAAAUGACAAUGCUGAGUGCCUUGCUGAUGAACUAGCUGACCAGUUUAAGAAUCAGCCCUGUACGAACGCCACAGGUGCCAACACAGUACCAGGAACUGAGCCCCAGUUUCCCAAUUAUCCAAACCUUUUGGCUAAAUGUCACUUGAAUGUUUCCAACACAAGGGAUGGAGCUGUGAUGCCUGCCUGCGUUCCUGGCCUGGAUCCGAGCCUUGUCCUCCCAAAUUUCACAAAGUCGCUCUACUCCCAAAAUCUCAAUGACACAAAGUAUACCGGAAUUGGUAUUGGCUCUGAUAAUGACUGGAUUGUUGUUGUGCUGACCACUAGCACUGCAGAGGGAAGCUAUGCGCGGGCUACUUCUAAUGGUGCUGAUAUGAUUUCCAAGACCGGUUUAAUGUACUGUUCAAUGCUUUUGCUGGCACUUGGCAACAUUUUCAUGCUGUGAAUGUAGAAGAUUACUACUAGCAAGAGAGGGUCUUCCUUUUUUACAGACUACGAAGAAGACAAAUGUUUUUUGAAGAGAUAAAGAAAUCCCUUUGUAACUGCUGUUUCGGUAUUGAUUGAUUGCGGAAUGAUACAGAAGACAAAUACAAGAAAAAAACUAAUUCAUUCCCAUGGUUGUUAAAUCUUAUUGUCGUCGUCAUCAACAUUCUUGAGGGUAUAGUGUGGAAUUCCAAAUGUCAUGUGAACUGGAAGCAAUAAAUUUUAUUUGUGGCCACUUCGGGUAUUUAGUUUCCUUAUGUAAUUUCUGAUGCUUAGCCUGA